CACUAUAAAUGGUGUUUAAACUCCACUGCCUGUCAUUACUCUGGGAGCUUCGAGACGGAUUGCUGCGUUGCUGGGAGCUUUUGGAGCGCCGACUAACCUGCAGUGGAGCAUCUGACUCUCUUAAAGACACAGCGCAGUCUCACAAUGAACAGGUGCCUCAUUCUUCAGUCCGAAGUUCAGAGCUUCAUCGAGAGGUGCAUGAUUGCUGUGGGAGCAAAACCAGCACAUGCAAAAUCCCUGGCAGAUGUCCUGGUGGCUGGUGACUACAGGGGACACUACAGUCAUGGACUGAACCGACUCGAUAUGUAUGUAAAGGAUAUCAAAACCAAGAUCUGCGCCAAAGAUGGAGAGCCAGUUGUCAUUAACGAGUCAGUGGCCACUGCGUUAGUCGAUGGCUGCAAUCUCCUAGGACCUGUGGUUGGGAACUUCUGCAUGGAUCUUGCCAUGAAAAAGGCCAAGGAUGUCGGCAUUGGAUGGGUUGUAGCUCGAGGUUCAAACCAUUACGGUAUUGCUGGCUAUUACUCGAUGCAGGCAUUGAAGCAGGAUAUGAUUGGCAUAUGUUUAACCAACACUUCACCAUUGGUGGUACCUACUAGAGGAAAAGAGUGCACAUUGGGGACCAACCCGAUCAGUGUAGCUGCACCUUCUAAAGAUGGAGACAGCUUUGUCCUUGACAUGGCCACAUCUGCAGUGGCACUGGGGAAGAUUGAACUUCAUCACCGUCGGGGGGAUGAAAUUCCAGAAGGCUGGGGUUGUGAUUCUCAAGGUAAAAUCAGUACUGACCCCAGCAAAGUGCUCACUGGUGGAGGACUCGUGCCCAUCGGUGGUUGUGAGGCCACAGGUGGAUACAAAGGCUAUGGGCUGGGAAUGAUGGUGGAAGUCUUCUGUGGAAUGCUUGCAGGAUCGCAGUACAGUAAACACAUCCGCACUUGGAAAGUCACGGACAAAGUGGCCAACCUGGGUCAGUGCUUUGUGGCAAUUAAUCCUGAAAACUUCGCCCCUGGAUUUACUGACAGAAUGGAUGACAUGCUCAGUUUACAUCGCAAUCUGGAACCUGCUGAACCUGGAGUUCCAGUUGUGACUGCCGGAGAUCCGGAGCGGACAAACAUGAAAAAAUGUGACGAAUUAGGGGGCAUACCCUACCACAUCAGCGUGGUUAAUUACAUGAACAACAUGGCUAAAGACCUUGGAGUAAAUCCCCUGCUACCCACGGAACGAAAAGUGGAGGAAUAACAGCUUGGUCUUAUUUCUGUCCAUAUGCACACCGUUAAUGCUGCUGUUUUUUCUAAUUAUUUUAAAAUAUUUUUUAAGUAGUUUUUAAUUUUUGGUUGCUUCUCAGGAUCUUUUUUAUUAUUUUUUUCUGUUUUGUCAUCAAGGUGCUCUCAAGAAUUUUGGAUGGUCAUAUAUGUAUGCCUUACCAGAGGUGCACUGAACUUUUAGUAGCACGUAGAUGCUGCUUAACUUUUUAAAUCCUGUUUGGUAUUAUUUGAAAUGUCUUUGUCUUUAUGUAUAAUAAAAUGGAAAAUAAUUAAGA